CCGUCCAGAGCUCCGCUUCGAUCACCGACAGCUGCUGAAGCCUCAGUCCGACCGUCGGACGCUGCAGCCCGGAUUCAGAUCUGAGUUUGUCCCGCUGAUCCGCAGCCAUGAGUCCCAAGAGACGACAGUCGGACUGAAGCUCUGCUGGAUGGAUAAACGGAGAAAUAAAAGAAUGAAUGAAUGGAUCAACUCUGUUCCUCCAUGAUGCAGAAUAAACUCCUCCUGCUGAUUCUGACACUUUAACUUCCUGUUGAACAGAAAAAUGAACUUUAGUCUGAACUCUGAUGAACCAAACUGAUGACAUCACUCCAACCGCUGCCUCUGAUUGAUCCCCCCCCUCCAUCAUGCCCAUCCUCAAGAACCUCCCGGUGCGUCUGAAAGGCGGUCCGACCCUUGAGAACGCUCUGAUCCUGCGCAGGAUGAGCCUGAACAUCACCCCCCACCACCACCACAACCCCUUCGACCAUGACGACGGCCACGGCAACCACUGGUCGCCGGGCAGCUCGCUGCUGGACGGCGACGUUCCACGGGACCGAAACCCGUUCGAGGACGAGGAGGACGAGAACGAGGCAAAUGAGGGGAAGAAGGGCAGCGGGGGAGGAGGAGGAGGGUCCGUGAAGGGAUCCUUAAAGUUCAAGUCGCCAUUCAAGACUCUGGGAAAGCUGAGCAAGAACCUGAGAGAGUCGGUGCGGAGCAAAGGAAGUGACACACCCUCCCCACAGGGAACACCCUCACCUGGAGAGAAGAAGAAGAGAGGGAGGCGGAGCUCGGAGGGAAGUCUGCUCAGAUUUGCAGGGAAAUACCGCGACACCCUCGGAUCCCGUAAGGACUCGCUCCUCAACGGGGAGCUCAAUUGUUCGGAGAGCGAGUGCGACUCGACCAGCCGCCGUGUGUCCUUCAUGAAGAUGGUGGGUCUGGGCAAGAAGAAGGAGUCCACGGCCGACCACUCGUCACAGAGCCCCGAGGACCAGCCAGUGCAGGAGGAGGUGGUGGAGGUGGUCAAACCCAGAGAGCCGCUGUCAGUCCUGGAGAUCCUGCAGCUGGUGAAGAACCGCGACCUGCUGCUGGCCGACGUCCACAUCCUGGAGCUGGAGCAGGAGUGCAGCGAGGCGGACCGAGGCGGCGCCGCCCAGCCGGAGGACGGCGCCGGGCCCAGCGGGAAGGACGGCGGCAGGAAGGCCAAAGACGUGGAGCUGCUGUACGAGGAGCUGCAGAAGGAGCUGUGGGCCGUCGUCAGGGAGUCGCUGAGGUCUCCCACCGCCGGACCCAACCUGGGCCUGGUGGUUCAGGUUCUGCAGCAGGAGGAAGAAGCUGAUAGGAUCUGGGCCGUCAGCGAGGAUGCAUCCCCCGGUGGCCCGAGGCCUCGGCAGCUGAAGCAGCGCUGGAAGGAGGCGGUGGAGGAGGUGGCCGACGGUUCGCUGCCUCAGAGAGCUGAGUUCACUGCCGGAGAGCUGGACGGAUACCUGGACCGACUCCGAGCCCGAGUGGUGGAGGACCUGGGGGCCGCCAAGAGGAAUGUGGUGUCCAUCUACCCCCAAGAGUACCAGUCCUUCCAGGUGUACGUUCAGAGCUACCACCAGGCCGUUGCCAAGCGACUGAAGGCGAUCACAGACAACCAGCUGGAGAUCACUGACAUCUACUCACUGCUGGACUGGCUGCACAACAUUUACAACAGAGAUGUCCUGGGGACGGUUUGCAUCACGAGUCCGUUCAGUCGCUCUGAACUCAGUCCUCUGCUGCCGUCAGAAACCGUCGACCGUCUGGAGCUCGACUGUCUGAACUCGGUCCGGGCUAAAGUGACCACGGAGCUCAGUCAGGUGCUGGACGAGGAGGAGAAGAGGUGGAUGGAGACGCUGCACAUCGAGGAGUUCCACAUCACUCUGGCCACCACCGUCAUACAGCGGCUGCAGGUGGAUCUGAAGCGUUCUGCCUCCAUCAACAGGAGUUUGGGCUCCAGAGUGGCUCAGUGCAGCCUCAACGGACUCGCCGACUUCCUGUACAGCUUCCAGCGUAAAGUGGAGAUGUUCCAUGAGGGGAUGCAGAACGGGAUGUUCGGAGACAACGAGGACGGAUACGUCUCUAAAACCAUUGCAUUGGUCAACUGCUGUCCUCCGUUCAGGGGUUUUGUGCAGCGCUGUGCUCAGUGCGAUCCGUCGGUCAGCGAAGAUUCUUUACGUCGAGCCAACAAGUGUCUGGAUCACAUCGUCCAGCAGGGAGUCAGAGUUCUGUCAGAACGCCUCUACCUGCACAUCAGGCCAUUCUUCGAGCGUCUUGUCAAGAGGAAGUGGUUGAACAACACAGAGGCGUAUGAGCAGAUCGAAGCUGUGGUCAAAGAGGACUUUAAGAAGUACCGCCGGAUGGACAGUCCUCCGUACCAGUUGCUGGUGGCCGAGGUUCACCGCCGGGUGGUGAUGGAGUAUCUGCGAUCGGUGAUGAGGGGACGGAUCAUCUGCACCUCCAUGAAGAUGAGGAAGAGGAUGGCCGGCCGGUUGAGAGACGAAGGACGACAGAUCAAAGUCCUCUUUGAAGACCUGGAGUCUGAGUUCAGCUGGUUGGACAGCGCUUUGCCCCACAUCUCUGAGAUCAUCCAGCUGGAGGACGUUCCCUCCAUCCAGGUGGAGGUCGGAGUUCUGGUCCGAGAGUUUCCAGACGUCAGGAAGAAGCAUGUGUCGGCCAUUCUGAACAUUCGGGGGACGACCCGGCAGACGGAGCGUCAGGAGAUCCUCAACAUCGUGAAGGACAUCGAGAGCAGCGAUGGCGGAGCGAUGCUGUUGUCCCGGGACCGAGCCCUGUUCGCCGAGGUCCCGGUCACCUCCGAGGUCCACUGCCUGAACGUGGGCCUGAGCCGGAUCGCCCUCACCGCCUCGUCCUGCUUCAGCACCAUGAGACCAAGACGCAAAACCAGGACGCCGGUCCAGGAGAACCUGGAAGAGGUUCUCUGAACGGAGUCCAGCUUCAGUCCCAGUCUGAGCCAAGGUGGUUUUUAUUCUUAAUUUAACUCCGUUUUCUAGUUUCAGCUGAUUUUUAACAACUAAACCGACUGAACUCCGUCUGGCAUUAAAACAACAUCGACUCUCCCAAAGACUGAACCGAGAAGAUCUAUCUGACCAAUCCUGAUGCAGCGCUGAUGUUGUUGUUGCUCUAAUUUUGGAUUUUGAUCAGAUGGAAGUUAACAUUACUAAUUCUUGCUGCAGUUCUUCAGAUCCAGCUGACGGAAGCUGAUUGUAUUUCUACAUUCUCUGAAGUUUCUUUGAUCCACAGAGACCAGUUCAGCCUCACUGAAGGGAAUCGUUCAGGUGGAAAUUUGAGAAACAAAAUAACUUUUUUCCGAAGUUUGUUGUGUUUGAGAAACAAAAGGAGGUGAAAAUGGACUCAGACUAACUUUUAAUCUUCUCGACUCUUGAAGCAGAAAGUUAACAUUGCAGGAUCCUGAUUGAAAAAGAUGUUGGUGGUUGAGGAUGAAACUGGACUGAAGCCGUCUCUUCUGUCGGCUGCUGGGCGUUGAGCUGGACGGCCGAGAGUAGAAAACGGUUGACGGGACGGUCAAGAGUUUCCACGAAACAUCGAAAAAAACAGUUCUGGAGCCAUUUUUCGUUGACAGAUUGGAACGAAAUCAUAAAAUGUCCAUGUUCGGAUGGAAAACCGUUUAUUUUUCACCUGGAAACUAAAGAUUCAACCAAGUGUUUUUUGGUUUCGCAAAGACGGAAGCUGCUCUGACACUAACUGCUGCUAAAACCAAGACGUCAGUCAGUCAAGAGAGUCCCAACAGAAAACCACCUUAAAGUCCACUGACCUCCUCCUGAAAUGGACUUUCACUUCGAUGUCGGGUUUUUUUUCCUGCAGGACGUGGAGCUGAGAGGCACUUUAUUCAGGACCGAUAAAAGGCAGCCAGUUCUGUGGCUGUAGUCUGGGUUCUUUCUGGGGGUCUCAGUAGUUUCAGACAAUGUUUAAUGUGUUCAAAUGGAAGUGGAGUUUGGUUUGUGGAGAGUUUUAUUGUUGCACAAGAGAAAAAAAAGAAAAUGUAAUCAAAGGUACUAGACGUUAAUCUGAGUCUCGGUUGGUUUACUGAGUAUUUAAAGCAGUGAUUUUAGUUCAGGUGUGAUGAGUUUUAUUCUAAACACUCUUAGUUCAGUUCUUUUCCUCAGAAUAUCUGGUGUUGAUUUAAACUAAAGAUAUAAAAGAUAUAUUUUAAUGGUUUUAUUCUGCCUCUCCUCACAUUUCAGCAUUUAGUGGUGUUGCAUGUUUUAGCUCAUAACCUGCAGAUAAAGAGUUCCAUUUAAUUCCUGGUUGAUGGUUUAGUUCCUGAUUGGUUUGUUUGAAAACUGUUUCCUCUUUUAUUUCAGAUCUGCUUCUUUAGUUCCAUUAGUUCUGUUGUAAAUGUGGAUGUAUGUAAUGAAUCUGUACAGAAAUCGGCUCGAAAUGACAAUAAAACACAUCAGAUCGAC